AACUUCUUCGCACUAAAAAGCAAAAAAUAGUUCGUUUUUGACCCCAAACCGAGAGAAAACAAAGGUAGGUAUACCCCUUCAUAAUUUUGUGGUUUUGGAGCAAAAAAUUAUAGAUUCUUCAAAUCAUUCGAACGACUAUUUUCUGAUGUCCCUAAAAACACAAAUCCGUCGACUAUAAAUAAAGCCAAACUAACAUAACGAAGGGAGAAACUUAGAGAAGAAUUAAACUUAAGAACCGAGAGUCGCGUACUUUCUUCCACAUUUUUUUAUUUGAACGGAUUGGAUAUAAAUUCAGUUCCAACGUCAGUUCCUUCGACAUGCAUGCCACGUGCGUGGCUAUACGAAAAGUGGCGGGGAUGAGAAACGGUACUUUUCAACGAUGGCUUGUGUGAUCUUAACUUGACUUCCUAAAGUCGAUAUGAAGUAUAACUGCUCCGAUGACUCUUAAGAAACGAACAACAUCCUCUCUUUCCAGAGAGGAAACUCAUAACUAUUCCAGAAAACUAAAUGAAAAUAAGGACAGAAAUACCGGCAGUGCCACAGUCUUGCACACAAAGGUAAAAGUGAUUUUCAAAACACUUAUAUUCGUGGUCUUAGCUCCUGUGAUCCUAUACGGCAUUUACGCAUCGAUUUCCCACUGGAAGGAAUACUUUACAAAAGUCGAGAUAAAGGAAGUUCUGAUCACCGAAAAGCGUCCGAUAUUUUGGGCUUACGGAAGGAACCUAGACUCUGGUUAUCUGAAACACGUUUAUGCUGUCUUGGAGCGCAUUGGAUUUCAACGCGGAACGAACGUUUCAGACUGGGAUUUGCUAUGGGCACACGAUUACCCAUUCCGAUCCCUAUACCCGAGUCUAAACAGUCUUCAGCCUCAUCAAAAAGUAAACCACUUUCCAGGGUGUGGCUACAUUACGAAUAAAGUUGAUCUUUCAACUUCUGGCGUGACUAAUCAUCUGCCAUCGGCGUUCAAAAUUCCGGAAGACAAAAAAGCUCUGCUUAAAUACGUCAAGGAAAAUCCCGAAAAAACAUUUGUACAAAAAUCAAAUGCUCACCGCGGAAUUCAGAUUUUAAAUAUCACAGAUCUCGACUUGACUUCAGAAGGAUCCUUCGUUCAAGAGUUCAUAGAAAGGCCCUUUUUAGUGGACGGUUAUAAAUUCGACGUAGGUGUUUAUACCGUUAUAACGUCCGUUGAUCCGACCAGGGUAUACGUAUAUAAAGGGGAUAUUCUCUUCAGGUUUUGUCCCGUUAAAUAUUAUCCCUUCGAUCCUGAAAACAUCGACAAGUACGUCGUCGGGGAUGACUAUCUUCCGAUCUGGGAGGUUCCAUCGCUCACGAACUAUUAUGUUAACUUGGGAUUUUCCAUGAAAGAUUCUUUUGACAGUUACGUGAGAUCGCAGGGCAAAGAUCCACAAAAGGUCUGGGACAACGUGAACGAAGCGAUAAGGGAGAUCACGCUGAACAAAGAAUCCCUUAUUAAAGAUGUUCUGAAAAGGUUUAAAAACCGGCAGAACUUUUUCGAAAUGGUGCGAUUUGAUUUUGCUCUGGACGAAGAUCUUAACGUCUUCGUCAUGGAAGCUAAUAUGUCUCCAAAUUUAUCAUCGGCUCAUUAUCCACCUAACCAACUGCUUUACGAGCAAGUUCUUUUCAAUUUAUUUGCACUCGUUGGGAUCGGACAGAGAGUCAAAAAGGACUCACUGAGGCCGAAAAGCCAAAAGGAGGAAGACAUGGAAAUAGCCGAUAAAAAUUUGGUGGUACUACCGGAAGUUUGCAGUAAAUGUGACGAUUGUUUCCGCGUUGAAUGCCAGUUAUGUAAACCGUGUUUCACGGAUGAAACUAGAGAUAUUUUGAAGGCGAGUUACCGAGAACAUCAAAACGCUAUGGACUUCCAAAGGGUCUUCCCGCCCCCAAUUACAAAAACAAUGGUACUCAAAGAUUACAGUUUGAAGAAUCAACUACUGGUGAGAUGGUAUCAAGGAAAAUGUGAACUUGACCCUACGUGGUGUGAUUGAUAAAAGGUCGUCGACAAUUGUGUACAAUAUGCACGCAGAAUGAUGAUACUAGUUGAUUUUAUUCAUGACAGUCGAGUACCGGAAGAUCAUCAUGUUUCAGAUAUACAUACACUUAACUGAAGAGCAACGCAGUAACUCUGUACUUAUUUAUUAGUAGACAUCAUGUGUAGAUAGACUGAAGCCCCAGGUCGUUUCGUACUGAACAAUCCCGGAAAUGGCAUUGAGAAUCAAAAAUAUUUUAUAUAUUAACUGAAUUUUACUAUUUUUUGAAAAAGUUAAUGUCUCUUUUGUAAUAAAAAAACUAUUUUUUUCCAAA